UUAGUCUCAGAUCUGAAAAAAUCAAAAACUAAAAAUUGCUGAUCGAUUUGCUUAAUCAUCUUCAGAAAAUGGAGAAUGGAUUGGAUUUAACACUGAGGUUGGGUUUGCCGAGUCCGACUGUUACACACCUGAGCUUCAACACUCCCACCACUGAACAGGGGAUCAACGUCGACGGUCGUCAUCGCCGUCACAUUCUUUUGGACGACGAUGAAGUGAUCGACAACGAAGAAGGUGCAAGAAACAACGUCAACGUUAAUAUAAGAUACUACAGUCUAAUCUUCAACCGCUUCGCCGGCAUCGGCGAGACCUUGAAUUUCGCUCCUUAUCCGACGCGUCCGUAUCCGGCUCCGGCGCCGGCGAUUCCUGUUGCGGGGAGUGACUAUGUUCUGAUUGAUGUUCCAGCUAGGAGAGCGCAUCGUAAUAACUCAUUGGCGAUGGAAAACGCUCUGGACGCAAACGCAAACCCAAAGCAGCGUCGCGGCUGUGGUGGCUGCUGCGGCGGAAGGAUUAACGUGACGAGGAGGUGUACGAACCUGAAUUGCAACGCGAUUGCCACUCCUAUGUGGCGAAGAGGUCCUCUUGGUCCUAAGACAUUAUGCAACGCUUGUGGGAUAAAGUUUAGGAAGGAGGCAGAGAGGAGAACCAGAAGGACUUGAGUGAUUGUUUGUAUUAAGCAUAGUAUUUAUCGAUGUUUCUGAUUAAGCUUUGUCAGAGGAAAUCUCAAUGUUGGAGGUUUAAGAAAAUUUCUUCAUUUACAAAUUUUGUAAAAUUAUGAAUUCGCAGUUUCUUGUAUGAAAAAAAA